UUUUUUUAAGUGAAUUUAAAAUAAUGUUUCGUCAUGAAACAUAACUAGAAAGAAUGUUAUAAUAUUUUGCAAAAAUUUGUAGUCACUCGUAUAAUCUAAAUAUUAGUAAUAUAUGAAAAAUUAAGCGUUAAAUAACAAGCAAAUAUAUACGUACAUUAAAAACUGUGGAAAACGAGAUAGCAGUCGUAUAUACUUAGCAAGUGUAUUAAUUGCUAAUUAUUAAGUAUUGAUUUUUUUAAAUGGGGACGUAGCAUAUCAAGGGGGAGGCUGCUCGUUCGCAAGUACCUGGAACUAUUUUUCGUCGCGACAAAAACAUCUACAGUCAACCCCUCCUAUCUCAGGGCGUAGUAAUACACAAUCGGAAAAUUGGCGGGAAAGUUCGGAAAAAUUGUCAUUAAAUUUGUCGAUGCGGCGCGACUUUCAAGAAAUGUAUCGAUCGAGAUCCAUUGCCAGUGUGAUGAAGUCACGACCCGAUAAAACUGCACUGUAUAAAACAACUCUGAGAGAACGUUCGCGGAGAAAAUAAAAAAUGUAAACGAAUGAGUAAAAGAAGAUGGCGGACCAAUUAAGAGUACCGCGCUGAUACAUUUUAUUCUUUAUUUCUAGCAAAGGGUAACAUUUUAGAAAUACAAAUCCACAUAUCUCGCGUCAUAUUUUUAAUUCUCGCGUAAAUAACGAUCAAAUGACGGUAAAAUGCAUCGUAAUAUCCCAAUAGUAAAUAUAGUUUAAUACGACCGGAAUCCAUAAAUAAAACAAUUGGUUAUAUACAUAUGUUUUUCAAAUCGACGAAUGCUAUUAUAUAUUUUGUAUUGAGCACUCGUUUCGGGAGAGACGCCGACGCCCGGCGCCGACGUCGUUUUUAAAGCGUCAACGUUGUGCUGGAGUAAUCUCACCCAAUCCGGGAGACUCAUAAGUAAAAAAAAUCGUUAGAAUAAUCAACCCUCUCAGACACGCUGGCACGUCGUAAAGAUGCAUUGCUGAAAGUUUUAUAUCGAACGUUUCCGACGUUUUUCCAUCAAGGUGCUAAGAUAACGAAAGGGAGGGAAAAUAAGCAAUAAGCAAUGAAUUCAACAUUGUGAAACGGGGCCGCGUGAAUCAUUUAACAUAAAUCAUUUUUAAAUCGUGCUUGUACAUAUAAAUAGUGAGGAAAGAAAAAAAAAACAUUUCCUUAGCGUGGUGAUAUAUCGUCAUAUUUCCUUUUUUUUCUUUCUUUUUGAAAUGGGUACGGCGGGUCGCGAUUUCGAGCGCGAUCGGGAGGACGAGAUCCACUGUCGGAUUUGUGCUAGUGACAUACCAAGAAACGACGGGGUUCACAUUUUCGCUGAGGAUGGUAGACGGCACUACCUGCAGACCAAAAUACGAAAAUAUCUCUACAUCUUGGUGUCUUCUGAAGAUAAAUUAUCAAAAAUGGUAUGUGUUACAUGCAUUAAAAGAUUAGAAAGCAUUCAUCGCUUUGCUAUGAUGGCAUAUAGAACACAGGAAAAGUUAAAAUCACAAUUAUAUAAUAAUAGUGGUGAUACAAAUACACAGGAUAUAGAAAGAGAAAGUGUCAAAGAUAUGCAAAAUACAAGGAGGAUAGAAGAUCGGGGAUUAUUACAUACAAUAUUAACAAAAGGGGCAAUAGAAAUUUUAGCUGAAGGUGAACCACUGGGACCAUCAGAAUUAAUAUCACAAGAAGAUAAAUGUCAUACUCCAAGUAUGGAAGAAAUGGAAGUUAAAGUAGAUCCAAUGUUAUUUUUACAGUAUGGUAUGGAGAAUUCAGCAUCAGAAACUUCAGAAGUAUCUGAUACAGAAGAAAUAAUAACGAGAAUAAAUUCCCCAGAACCAUUACCAUUAACAAAUAAAACUGACGAAAUAGAAAAGGAAAAGAAACAAGAGAGUAAUGAUAAGUCUCAAGAAGAUGUUGAAGAAUCUAUUUCUAAUGUGUCAAACAAACCUCAUGAAUGUACAAUAUGUGCUCGAUCUUUUAUAUCUCAAAUUGGUCUGCAGAAUCAUUUAUGGUCUCAUUUGCCUAAAGAUAAACGACUUGAUGGGAAGCCUAUUUUAAGAUCCCAACAAGUUUAUUCUACUAAUGGUAUACUUCACAUGAAUACUGAUAACAAUUCAUCUGGCAAUUUUAUUUGUCCAAUUUGUAGCAAAAAAAUUUCUACUAAAGGAAAUCUAAAAGUACAUUUGGAAACUCAUCGGCCUAAAGGAAAAUAUGGUUGUGACAUAUGUGGUAGAAUCUUUAAAACACAGUCAAAUUUAUUCAGGCACAAAGAGUAUCAUGGUGGAAUACAAUUUCCAUGCAAUGUAUGUGGAAGAGUUUAUCCAACAAAUUCUACUUUAAGAGCUCAUAGUAUAACUCACUCGGAUUUGAGGCCGCACGCGUGCCCUCUUUGUGAUAAAACUUUUAAAAGAAACCAAGAUUUAAAGUUUCACAUAAAUCAACAUACAGGUGCAAGGCCUUAUCAAUGUCCAUAUUGUCCGAAAGCUUUCGCGAGUUCUGGAAAUUGUUUCUCGCAUCGCAAAAGAAUGCAUCCUCGAGAAGUACAUCGAGAUAGACAAAGAGCAGCAGAUUUAAUGAGAUGAACCAUGGGUAGUCAAUACGAGGAAUGGUUUUAGAAAAAUAUAAUAAUUUACGAUAUUAUCAUAUCCAUGUGUAUUAGCUAUUACAAUGGAAAAACAUGAGCUUUAGUUUUGAAUAUUAAUGGUGCUAAUGCAAGGAGCAACGGAAGUUUUAUAUACUUUAAUUGAAUCGUUUGAACUUAGUGUUAGGUACUUAUUGUUACUGACAAGCACUUAGUUGUUUGUUCUUAUGGCGUAACUAGAUCUUCAUUACAUAAAAUAGAAACAAACAAAUAUAUAUUUUUCUUAAUUUUUUAACUUAUUGAUGUUAUUGAACUUGAUAUACUUCCAUUGUUGUUGAUAUAAAUUUAGUAAUUAUUAUUUAUUGACUCAUAUAUAGUACAAGUAAUAAGAACGAUAGGUUUUAAACUGUCUAGUUAAAAUAAGAAAUUCAUAUUUUUUACUGGUUUAUCUAUAUUUAACUUGUAUACAUUUUCUUCUUCAUCUUUAAAGAUAGAAGUUAUACUUAGACCACCCUUGCUACCAUUUUCUUAAAAAAAGAAAAAAAGAUAAUUUUAAAUGUUUAAAAAAUUAUAUAUAAACCAAAAUCUUAUUUUAUGUGACCAUUGUUAAUGAUAUAAUAUUGAUCAUUAUUCAGUCAAGAUACAGUAUUAUUUAAAAUAAAUAAUUUUCAACUGACCCAUCGGUAAUAAGCACAAUAAAGUAUUAAGCUUUAAAAUUAGGAUUAAAAGUAUUUCUUAUAAUUUGUAUAAAAAAAUUGACUAGCAAAAGAAAUUUAGCAAAUGUAAGAUAACUGUGAUUUUUUACAAAUCAGUAGUAUAUUAGAAAAUUCAUGUCCGAUGGGUUUAAGUAUUAUACAUUGGUUUAGUAUUAUACAUGGGUUUAAGUAUUAUACACAUUGAAUAUUGUAGUUAUAAAACAAAAUAAUAGUAAUAACGUGACUACUUUCAGUACGCUCAAAAUUUGGUCUCUCAUGAAGUGUAAUUUUUUUUAAUACUUAAAUACAAAUAAGAAAUUUGUAAUAUUUUUUGAAACCUUGAACGGGUACUCUGUAUAUUGUAUGUGAUAUUUUUAAGCAACGUAUACUUAGUAUAUUUUGAAGAGACAAAAGGUACAAAGGGUUGGACGUUGAAAUUAUUUGAUAUUUAUUUUACGAUUGUUAUGUCACCAAGAGAACGAUUUUAUUUUAUUUUUAUGAAUAACAUAAAUGGAUUUGAAUGGUGACAAACGUUCUAAAAAAUGGAACGUAUUAUUUUGUCCAUAUAAAAAAGAGCUGUUUAACGAUAUUUGAUAAAAUAUUUAUAUUUACGACGAAAUUACUAAAAAAUGACCAAAGACGAAAAAAAGAAAAAAAAAAACGAAAACAUUGUUCGAGAAAGAAAGAAGUAGGAAAAUUUUUGUAGUUUCGAGGCAUAUUUUUAGCACAAUACACGAACAACAUCAUCAUUAAGUAACGUUAAGACUGUAUACGAAAUUCUGUGUCAAAUUAGAGUAAUUACGUAAAUGUAAGCGGUUAGUAUCCAAAUGUCAAUGGUUGUAUGUGACGAAAGAUGAGUCUAGUUUAUUCAAAAUGCAUUAUUAAGUAUAAUGAAUAACGUAGAGGCUGUAGCUAACGUUACAAACGAUCAUAAUGUUAUUCUUUUAAGCAGAUAUACGAUUAAAGAAAAGUAAAUGUUAACUAAAGUCUGAGUAGCUUUUAGGAAACUUUAGAUAAGAGUUUUUAGAGAAGAAAUGUAAAUGUAGGGGAUCAUACCUGCUUCCAUAUGUAUCGUAUACAUCGCACAUGUGUUAGAUAGUUCAAAAAAAGGGGGGGAAGGGAUGUUUGAUAAUGGACAGUCACAGAAAAAUGUACGACGAUCAUUGCGUAAUUAAGAAGUAGUACUUACAGACAGAAAAUACCAAGUGUAAUCGCGUUGCUACAUUAGUGUAGUAGGGUGGCCAAGCUUCCGUUUCAAUGAAAAUAAAAUGGACCAAAGAAGAGUGGUAUAAUGUUAUAAUUAAUAUGUUGAACUAUUUAAUUUAAAACAAAUUCCAAUAUCUUUUAUAUUUACAUUUAGUUUACGAAAUUAUUUCUUAAGCCAAAUGAUAUUUAGAAGUAUGUAAAAGUAAAUAUACUCAUAUUUUAUACAUAAAAAAAAUAUUCGAUAACGCGAAAGCUUUAACGAACGGCCACCCUAGCUUA